GAGGGCGGGAGUUUGGCUGAGCCGCCGCGCCGGCUUGAGACGGGCUCCCAGUAGCGCCGGAGCCAGAGAGAGAGUCAGGUUAGGCUGGUAGGACUUGCUGUUCCCUCGGAGAGCCGGCGCACAAUGUCUGACAGUAAAGCAAAGUCGACCAAACCUGCAAAUAAGACUCCUCCAAAAUCUCCUUCCGAUCCAGCAAAGGACCGAGCAGCAAAAAGGUUAUCCUGUGAUUCAAACAGCUCCCAUGAGGGAGCUGUGGCAGGAGACUUGAGUGCUCUGGAAGAGGCCUUUAGAAAGUUUGCCAUACAUGGUGAUACAAGAGCCACAGGAAAAGAAAUGCAUGGGAAGAACUGGUCAAAACUGUGCAAGGACUGUCAUGUAAUAGAUGGGAAGAAUGUGACAGUCACAGAUGUUGACAUUGUCUUCAGUAAAAUCAAGGGAAAGUCUUCUAGAACUAUCACUUUUGAGCAGUUUAAAGAAGCUCUUCAGGAACUCUCCAAGAAACGAUUUAAAGACAAGAGUGAUGAAGAAGCAGUUCAAGAAAUAUAUAAACUAAUUGAAGGAAAAGCCCCAGUUAUAUCUGGAGUAACGACAGAGAAGAAAAAUGGAGUCUUCUGUGAGUUCACAGAAAGGAAAGAAGGAAGUUGCUCCAAGUGGUUUGCUGCCUCUAGAAAAAUAAAGCCAUUUCAUCUCCAACUGUAUCACGCCUUACAGAUACAUCAAAAUUCACGGGUUCUCACAAAGAGAGGUUUGAUCCCAGUGGGAAAGGAAAAGGCAAAGCUGGCCGAGAAGAUCUGGUGGAUGCUUCAGGAUAUGUAUCUGGCUAUAAGCAUGCAGGCACAUAUGAUCAUAAAGUACAAGGAAGCAAGUAAGACUGAGGGUUUACAACACAGAUGGAGAAAGAGAGGGGGAAAGAGAAUAUAUUUUUAAGAAUGACAUAGAUGAAUCCUAUGUUUCAGUUGUUGUGAAUGCUGAGACUAUGUUGUCAAGAAGUUUUCAGGAACUGGAACUGAUUUCAACAUCUGCUGAGCUACUUGCAGCACAAUGCCACUUCAUUACAUUCCUCAUGCACACAUUGGCAAAAAUAACUCUAUCAGUUAAAAAAAAAAAGGCAUAAUUUUGUUCAGUGCUUUAGACAAAAAAGUCAAGAGCUGUUAUAUUACUCUUCAUCAAUUUGAGCAAGAAAUUUCAAACAUUCCUAAAUGUCCUGAGGAUGUAGAAGAGAACCUCUUGAAAAGAGGCUCUUUCAUAGCAGCAUUUCUGAGAAGUAUCCCAUUAUUUAUGCAGAUUGAUUUGACUACUGUUUGUGGGCUUUUUCAAAAAUGUCUUAUGUGCAAUCUGGAACUUUCCUGAAAAGAUUCAGCAGUGUAUUAUUGCGGAAUAAGUGGUUGUAAUAUACAAGGUGCUACCAUGUAAACUUCAUACACCACUUAUGAAAAAUUGAAAUAAGAAAAAAGAUCUAUUCUGGGACAAUACAGGUUCUAACAUAUUUAUGUCAGCAGAAGGAGGUGGAGAAUACCAACCCCUUACUUUCCUCCUGUCUAUACUUUUUGCUUUGUUAUUGUGUGUACUGUGUAGCAUGGUACGCCUGGCUGAUUUAUAUGAAGCUAAUUUACUAACCUGAGAGGUGAGGAAUAAGACAUUACUAAGAAAGUCUACUAAAGCUUUUUGUAGUCUGUUUUCAAGUUUGUACUGCCUCACAUUUGAAAUGAAGGGGGCAUUAAAAUAAUAAUGCUUUAAAAUAUUGAUUUUGACUAAACAUUGCCAAUCAAUGCUAGUAAGUGAAUGUUACUAUGCACAUAUCCCCUUUAAGCUAUAACAUAUGUAAAGAAGGUUAUGACCCCCUGUAUUAAGGACAUUUAGUAUUAAUAUUCAUGUAAUUAAUUGCAGCUUGCACAGAAGAAUAUACUAUUAUACUUGUGCUACAUGUUCUGUUAAUUUUGUUUGAAGCCAAAGGACUUGAUUCUCUGUUCAGUUGUGCUGCCUUAUUUGGGAGUAAUUUUAUUGAUGGGAAUGGCUUUCCGUUGCUAUAGAAGAACCAAUUCCACACGCUUAAGGUACAGACGAAUGUGACCUGCCUGUGGCCCAGAUCGCCCAAACAGGUUAAUAAGAAUAAAAAUCACUCUUUUUUAUUUUCAUUUUUAUUUUUUGUACUAUAUAUAUGUAUACAUACACACAUAUACACACAUAUCUAUGUACAUGUAUAUGUACACACACAUACACACACUGGUUAAAAGGGAGAGAAAAGGCUGGUCCAGUUUUCCACAAGAGCUGAAGAAGUACUCCAAUGUAUUGCUCUGGUUCUAUAAAAUUAUGAAAGACAAUUUUUUGAGUGUUUAAAUACAGCUCCUAGCUGGUUUGCUUUGCUUUCUUUUAAAAAGAGCUCAAGCACUGAUUUUAAUGUUUUACUGUGGAUAAAGGUUAAUAACUUCACUGUUUUCUUCCUACCAUUAUCAGCAUCAGCAUCCCACUCAGAGUACAUAAGAUUCAGUGAGCUUCAUGGUCUGUCACAUGUCAAGAAACGACACUGACUUUGCAUUACAGUAUGAAACCUGUGCCAGAACCAAAGCACUUUGUACAGACCUGAUGCAAAGUUGUAUAAAAUUUUCAGUGACAUAGUAAACUUUGGAUCAGGGCCUGAAAAGAUGCUUUAGAUAGCAAUAUUUUAUUUUGAGGAACAUGCUUUUUCUUCUUCUAGUUUGCAGUUGGAUAGUUUAAAAACACAAUCAUACAAAUGCAUGAAAAGAAAUCAUUCUGAUAUGACAGUGAAAAAUGGAAGUUGUGGCUUGAAAGGUAAUACUUUGGAAGGAUUUUUCCCUUUUACUACACUUGAUGUGGAAGAUAUGUAAGAUAGAGGUUAUGAACAAAAGCACCAUAUACGGUUUUGUAUCAGUGGUUCAGCCACUUACUUAAGCUCUUACUUUCUCACUCAUUUAUGUGGGAAAUUAAAAGCCUAAGUACUAGCGUGAAUGUUAACCAUAUUUCUAAAAGUUCCAGGCCUGUUUGGGAAUGAGGCAAAGUGGUGGUAACCACUUUUGUUGUUUGUUCACCUGCUGUUCUCAGGACAGCAAGUACAGCUUGUAACGCAGAGAUGAUGGGAAGGGAUAUCUUGGGAGGUGGAGGAGAGUAUACUCAUCCUGUGUACCACUACUCUAUGUAAAUGGCAUGCCUGAAGUGAGGACAUGGUGUACCCGAUAAGGUUUAUACUCAUCUCUGUUUUUUGGCCAUCUAAACUCAUUCCAUCAAACUUUCCAGUCUGAUUUCUCAUCUGCAAUGCUCUUGUCUAUGAAAACCUAUUAUUCCUAAUUACCUUUGCUGUCAGUGAACAUACUAUUGAGGUAAAUGUGAUCAGAAAGUUCAGGUAGCUUUUAGCAAUAACUGCCUAUAAGAACAAACUCAAAUUGCACUGUUCAUUUAAAAUUAAACCCUUAAAUACUAUGAUAGUACCCAGUCUUACCUGCAUCUCCAGUCUGACUG